AUGUUGAGCUGGAAUGAUGAAAUGGAUAAUAUGCUUGUUGCUCUUGAUCGCCAAGUAAAAUAUUCAUUGAAGAACAUUAAAAUUGCAUUCCAACAAAAUGGAUUAUGUUUUAAUGCCGAAUUCAAACAGUAUUUCGCACGGGCUUUGAAUACUCGUAUCAAGGAAACUUGUGAUCAAUUUGAAAUUAAUUCAAUGUUGGAAGAGCAAUUGAACGUUGGUGCAUAUGUAAGCCCGUAUACAUUCGAUGAAUCCCCGUUACUGAGCCCAACCCAUGCCCAAAAUGAAAUUAGGAAUAUUCGAAAACAUGUGACUGACCCGGUUGAAACGAUCGAUUCAAGCGGUGAUGAGGACCCCGCAGGAAAUCAGACGAAGUUUAAAUCAUUCGAAGCGCUAUCUACUACUCAGUACAAUGAUUACGACAUACCACCUGAAUUAAACGAUCACGUUCAAUCUGAUGACGAUGGAAGCCAUACUGAAACCCAGAACGCAGUAAAGAUGGAGAAAAUGAACGAUGGAAUCCCACCAGUUGUCUUCAAUAUGUAUCACGGUGUAAACACAACAAACAGUAGACCGAAGGUCGUUGAUGGUGCCAAAAGUAACAAAAUGCCAGGAAGAUCAGCAGGAUAUCAAAAAAUUUGGUCUGAAUCAGGUUCAAAAUCUUCGUCGCAUGGAAAAUUGAUUUCAUCAAACCGGUCGAAGAAGCAAUUCAAGUGUCAACUUUGUGAAUACUCUAGUGAUCUAAAGUGGAACAUAAAAUUGCAUAUGCGUACUCACACCAGCGAGAAGCCAUAUCAAUGUGAUAUUUGUCGCAAAGGAUUCACAACUCUGCAAAACAUGAAAAAGCACAAAAUGACUCACACCAAAGAAAUUCCGUUCCAUUGCCGAGGAUGUUUCACUGGAUUUUCCCUGAUGACCGAUCAAAAAGCCCACGAAAAAGUGUGCUCAUAUCGUCGAUAUGAAUGCCAUAUUUGCAAAAAUCGCUUAAGAGCAUUUCAUUUUGUUGGAAAUUAUUCAUCAAAACGUGAGCAAGGGUUAAGAACACAUACGACGAGUUCACAAUUAAUUCACUCGAAAACCAAGUCAACGUUGGCGCAUAUGGAAGCACGUCAACCACCUAUUAUUCUCAGCGUCGACGAUGGAAGCUACUCUGAAAUGGACGGCCCAGUGAAUGUGGAAGGAGCAGAAAUGGAGUAUAGUAUUCCAGCAAUUGUACCAAAAAUGAAAAUAGCAAGCAAAGACACAUCCACUGUUACAUUAAGAAACGAAUCAAACAUCGCCAAAGGCAAAAAUAUUGCAGCACCAUUAACGAAACGUCCAAGAGGCGGUGUUGGAAACCAAUUGCAGAUGAAGAAGCGAUUCAAGUGCCAACUUUGUGAAUAUGCCAGCAAUUAUAAGCCCAACAUCAAUCGAAAUAUGCUAACACCGGUGAGAAACCAUAUCGAUGUGAGGCAUAUGCGAACACACAACGGCGAAAAACCGUUUCGAUGUGAGAUUUGUUUGAAGAGUUUUACGCAAAAAGGCAGUCUGAAGACUCAUUUGAACACCAUACACACUAGAAUCAAUCAUUAA